AUGGCAGUAGCGGCCCGUGGGAAGCUCAACUUCGACGAAGAAGUCCCCGACGGAUGCAGAGGCGUCGAUUCCUUCGAGAAUCUGAAACUUCUUGGCCAGGGCACAUAUGGCGAAGUCAACAAAGCUAAGGAAAAAAGGACCGGAGAGAUUGUUGCUCUAAAGAAACUGAAGCUGGCAAAGGGGAAUUACGAGAAGGAAGGCUUCCCCUUGACUGCAAUAAGAGAAAUCAAGAUCCUGAACAAGCUUCUUCACGAAAAUAUCAUCAAGUUGAAGGAGAUUGUCACAUCUCCGGUGCAAAGUCCCAGUGUUGAUGAUGGUGACAUGACUGACAUCUAUAUGGUGUUCGAAUACAUGGACCAUGACUUGACCGGUCUGGCUAAGCGGGCUAGAUUUACAGUCCCACAGGUUAAGUGCUACAUGAGCCAACUCUUGAAGGGGCUUCACUAUUGUCAUGCCAAUGGAGUGCUUCAUCGAGAUAUCAAAAGCUCGAAUCUUCUUAUAAACAAUGAAGGCAGUUUGAUGCUUGCAGAUUUUGGGCUUGCCCGGAACUUUUGGGCGGAAGAUUGUCAUCAGAAUGCUGAGCUUACCAGUCAAGUCGUCACGCUUUGGUAUAGACCUCCAGAGUUGCUGCUUGGGGCUACCAAGUAUGGUCCGGCUGUUGAUAUGUGGUCUGCUGGUUGUAUCUUCGCUGAGCUUCUAUGCCAAGGAAGGCCAAUUUUCAAUAGUCCAACUGAGGCAGGUGUUAUAAGUAAGAUUGUUGAGGUUCGUGGAGCUCCAGAUGAGGCCAACUGGCCUGGAGUUUCAAAGCUGCCUUUGUAUAACACCUUCUUGAGCAAAGCGAAAUCGCACCAGAAGCCUCUUAGGCCUCUUAGUGAGAUUUUCGGGCAUUGUGACCGCCAUGCUUUGGAGCUGUUGGAGAAGUUGCUCACUCUUGAUCCUUCUAAGAGAAUAUCUGCCAAGGAUGCUUUGGAUGCUGACUACUUCUGGACUGAUCCAUUACCGUGUGAUCCGAAAAGUCUGCCCAAAAACUAUAAGUCAUCACAUGAGUUAGAUAUCAGAAAUGAGCAUGAUGAUAUGAAAAAGCACAAGCAGCAGCAGCAACAGCAAUUGCAAGAUGAGGAAAAUGUUGUUAAACGUCAGAAACCGGUGGAGUACCAGAACCGACAGCCCCAUGCAGUUACACCACCCCUUCAUCAGCAAUCUGAAAAGGCAGAAGCCAGGGAGCAACAACCUUACCGUCCCAAAAACUAUAAGUCAUCACAUGAGCUAGAUAUCAGAAAUGAGCAUGAUAAUAUGAAAAAGCGCAAGCAGCAGCAACAGCAGCAAUUGCAAGAUGAGGAAAAUAUUGUAAAACGUCAGAAACCGGUGGAGUACCAAAAGCGACUGCCCCAUGCCGUUACACCACCCCUUCAUCAGCAAUCUGAAAAGGUAGAAGCCAGGGAGCAACAACCUUACCGUCCCACGCUUUAUCAGCAAUACGAAAAGGCAGAAGGCAGAGAGCAACAACCUUGCCGUCCCAGCCACCGUUCUCAGCCACCGGUUGCUGCAUGGCGUCGUCACCGUUAUGAGAGUAGGCCUCCUCGGCCCUAUGAUGGGGCAAGAAGAUAUUAUCAGAAUGAUUGUUCUGCUUCAGCUCGGGACUCAUACAUGAGGGAUGAAAGGCGCUAUCGGCGGCGUUAUUAG